AUGAGUCUAAGAGGGCAACUAGAUAAGUUCAAGAAACAGCAAGAAAAAUGUCAAUCAACACUCUCCAGCAUCAAUGCUUCAAGACCUGUUGCAGGACCUUCGAGGCAUCCUGUACCUGCAGCAGUAACUCAGAAGCCGACAGCUUCUGGCAAAUUAUUCUCGAAAGACACCGAUCGGCUUCAGGCCAUCCACAACAUAAGAAAAGCUCCUACUGGUUCUCAAAUCAAGCGUGUCAUUGAGAUUUUGUAUAAGGAAAGGAAAGCCUUUACACCAGAGCAAAUCAACGAGGAAUGUUAUGUUGAUAUGUUAUCCAACAAAGCUGUCUUUGACAGUAUGAAGAACAAUCCUAAAGUGCAUUAUGAUGGAAGGAGGUUCUCUUACAAGUCAACGCACGAUGUCACAAACAAGGACGAGCUUCUCGCGUUGAUAAACAAAUAUCCUACUGGGAUUGCGGCUGCUGAUCUCAAAGACGCUUACAAAACUGUCAUGGAUGAUUUACAGGCUCUGAAAGCUUCAAAACACAUUUGGUUCCUGUCAAAUGCUGAUUCGCAGGAGGACAUUGCGUACCCGAACGACUUCAAGGGCCAGAUUGAUGUUGAUGACGAGUUUAAAUCUCUAUUCCGCGAGAUAAAGAUCCCUACGGACUUGCUUGACGUGGAGAACGAGCUGCAGAAGAUUGGUCUGAAGCCAGUGAUGAACACAGCGCAGAAGAGAGCUGCUGCAGAGUUCCACGGGAUAUCGAACAAACCAAAGCAGAAGAAGAAGAAGCAAGAGAUCAGCAAGAGAACCAAACUCACCAACUCCCAUCUUCCUGAGCUCUUCCAGAACCUCAACGCCGGAAGCAGUUCCCGGAACUAA